AAGUUGUGUGUGUGUGUGUGUGUGUGUGUGUGUGUGUGUGUGUGUGUGUGCGUGGGUUGAUAAAUUAGUCCACGGGCUAGGAGGUGUUUGGGGAAAAUAAGGAACCGGGGGGAUCCAUUACCGAAUAAAAAAUACACACACGCACACACAAACAACUAAAGAGAAAGAGAGGGAGAGGGUUUGGGAGGGACAGAAGACAAGAAGGAAGACAUAAAGAAGAAGAAGAAGAAGUAGAAGAAGAAGAAGAAGAAGAAGACGCGAGACGAGACGAGUCGUGAUUUCCAUCUUUAAUACUCACCGGUACGCUCGCAGGAGGCGCGUCGCCGCCCGGCGUGUGUGCGCGCGCGCGUUUGCUGGCGUGUGCACGCGUGUGUGUUUUAUUUAUUUUUUCUUUCUUUUGAAAACCGGAAGUCGUCUAUCGACGUUUCCACGCGCAGUGUUGCGGGAGAGCGCGCGGUUCGGUAGCGCGCGGCGCGGCGCGGUCCCACGGCUGUCCCCUCUGUCCCCUCUGUCCCGGAGCCGCUGAUGAUCCCGGGAUGACGAAGACUGACAGUGAACCGGACCCGAGGUCGCAGAUUAAUCCGCCUGUUGUUCAUUUUUCCGCCUGAGAGAGACAGAGAAAGAAAGAGAGAGCGAGAGACAGAACUUUAGAUACAAAAAAAAGAAGAAGAGACAGAGGGAGAGAGAGAAAAAAAGACGGCACGAGGACACGGAAAGACUCUGGGCUUGGGGACGACUUGUUGAGUUCUUUCCCGUCGCUUCCGGUAUCACCGAAGAAAACCGGGAUCGGUGCACCCGUUCACCCUGCACCUUCCUCUCCACUGGGCACUCUUUCUUUCUUUUUUUCUUUCCUUUCUUUCUUUCCUUUUUGAAAAAAGUCGACCCUUUUGUUUUGAUUUGUUUUUUUAGGGUGAAAUGGGUGUUUGAGACUGUUCCCCUUCACAACAAUGGCCACGGAGUCGUAUCUGGUGCAUGAAGAGGCGAGCCGAGGAGCCGUGCUGCCCGAGUGCUUCCUGGUCCCAGAUACAUACAGGGAUGAGUUCCACCCGUUCAUCGAGGCGCUCCUGCCGCACGUGCGCGCCUUCUCGUACACCUGGUUCAACCUGCAGGCACGCAAGCGCAAGUACUUCAAGAAGCACGAGAAGCGCAUGUCCAAGGACGAGGAGCGCGCGGUGAAGGACGAGCUGCUGGGCGAGAAGCCCGAGAUCAAGCAGAAGUGGGCGUCCCGCCUCCUCGCCAAACUGCGCAAGGACAUCCGGCCCGAGUUCCGCGAAGACUUCGUGCUCAGCGUGACGGGCAAGAAGCAGCCCUGCUGCGUGCUCUCCAACCCGGACCAGAAAGGCAAGAUGAGGCGCAUCGAUUGUCUGAGGCAGGCCGACAAGGUGUGGAGGCUCGACCUGGUCAUGGUGAUCCUGUUCAAAGGCAGCCCGCUGGAGAGCACGGACGGAGAGCGGCUCGUCAAAUCACCGCAGUGCUCCAACCACAGCCUGUGCGUCCAACCGCACCACAUCGGCGUCUCGGUCAAAGAGCUCGACCUCUACCUGGCCUACUUCGUCCACUCGCCAGAAUCAGGACAAUCAGACAGUUCGAGCCAACAGGCAGACUCAGACAUCAAACCCCCACCAAACGGGCAUUUGAACUUCCAGGACUGCUUCGUCACAUCGGGGGUUUGGAAUGCAGCCGAGCUCGUACGAGUUUCACAGACUCCUGUUGCCUCGGCCUCAGGUCCAAACUUUUCACUGGCUGACCUGGAAAACCCCGGCUACUACAACAUUAACCAAGUAGCACUGGGCCGGCGCUCACUGACAUCGCCGCCAUCUACUAGGGCUGAGGUGGAGCUGUACGCGAGUCUUCCUCGGAGCUCCACUAAACGUAAAUCUAUAGAUGACAGUGAGAUGGACAGUCCAGUGGACGAUGUGUUCUACCCCACACGCUCGCCUGCUGGAACCAGCUCACAGUCCAGUGGCUGGCCCAAUGAUGUGGAUUCAGUGCAGCACCACUUGGCCAGCGUUCAGGAGAGGAAGAUAAAACAUGAAAAUGAUGGCGUGCAGUUCCCAUAUCAUGGGCUGUCCUCUCCCGGGUCUCUAAAGAAGCCGUCGGGGAAAUUCGAUUUCGGCGCUCUGUCGGCCCAGACGAGGUCCCCCCGCAUGGCCUUCACACACCAUCCACUGCCCAUGCUGGCGGGAGUGAGACCAGGAAGUCCUCGUGCCUCAGCCUCGGCUCUCCAUUUCCCAUCUCCCUCCAUCAUCCAGCAGUCCAGCCCGUACUUCACCCAUCCCACCAUCCGCUACCACCAUCACCAGGAUCCGCUCAAGGAGUUCGUCCAGUUCGUCUGCUCGGACGGCACGGCCCAGCCUGGUGCUCAGCCUAACAGGAGCGGUCAGAGCAAAAUGGCCGGCUCUUUCCUGUUUCCUCCGCCUCCUCCGGUGGCGCGGCCGGUGCCGUUCCCCAUGCCCGACCCCAAACCCAGCCACACACACCCCGACGGGGGACUCGGCUCACCCGCAUCGCCCUCAUACUCCUCGCCAAGCUCCACAGCUCCCAACAGGUUUGUCGGCAUCGGAGCACGGGACAACUUUCUAAACGUCCCACAGCAGACACAGUCUUGGUUUCUUUGACAAGAUCCAUCAGAAACACACAGAUACAACCAACGUCUGUAGCUGAAACGUGAAACACAAAGCUAGGUAUGGACUGCUAUUAGCUAAUCACUCGAAACCCCAAAUGGCCGCCACCCCACACCAACGCCGUGCCUGAUGAACUCAGACCAGCGAGCAACCUGAAACCCUUCACUAUGAGCCCUCGGACCUGGAAUCUGGAAAACUUCCAUAUGAGUCUUCAAAAACUACACGAUGAAAAGAACGAAAAGAGGAAAGCAGCAACACGGAAAGCAGGAAUGGAAAUCAGAUUUGAUUAGAACAGCUUUCAUUAGAAGAAGACUUUGUUUUGGUAUCAAGGUGACCAGUGUGUUAACCAAUUCUUUUAUCCUUCCUUUAAUUCAAUCAUUCAUCAUCCGUCCAUCAUACAGCGGGGACAGACUGCUCUGAUUCACUCCAUCACAGGUUGUCGAAAUGACACACUUUUUAAAUUUUUACAUCCAAUGAAGCAAAGUGUGAAACCAGGAUCUCUAUGGUCCACAUCAAGCUUGUUUCAUGCAUCUGAUUGGACAAAAGCUAUAGGAAACACUUUGGAUUGGUCCAUCAUGAUAAAUUAGAAUCAUGGGUGUGUCCCAAAUGCUGGGCUGUUAACAGCCAAUUUAAAAUGUGAUACUACAACAGAGCUGAAAAAAAGAAGAGAAAUACAGUUCAUUUGUGUUCAUGAACAGGAAAUGGUAACUAUACAUACACUAUAUGGACAAACAGUUGUGGACACCUGACAUUAAGAUUAAUAUGUGCUUUUAGUCCCCAUUUCUUGUUAUAACAACCACUGUUAUAACAACCUUAACUCCACUGGGAAGUUGUUCCACUAGAUUUGAGAGAUUUGUGAAGAUUAAUUCAGCUACAAGUCAGGUACUGAUGUAGGUGAGGUGAAAAGCAGUCAGCAUUCACAUUUAUCCCAAAAGUGGACCUUUUUAAAACCAGUUUUAAUACCCAAAUUCCACCCAACAAGUCUACUUAUGCAAACCUUGAUUAUAUUCUGAGUUAGAAAAAAUAUGUAAUGCUGCCAAGGACAAAUUUUGACAACUUAACAGGGGUCCCUGAGUCAUUCGUUCUUACGUUCUGUACAGGAAAUGAUUAGUUGACCUCCUGAGCUCAUUCUCUGGUAUGUGGUCUUUUGUUCAAACAAGUAUCUUGCUUCACGUGUGUGAUUUUCCCUUCGUACAGAUAAAGUUACAACUCUAAACUCUUUAUUACCAGAUUCGACAUUAUGGAGAAGAACCAUUUCAUGUUGCCAGAAAUUCACAUUUUUGAAAAUUAUAACUAAAUCCACUUGCUUGUUUGUAAUUGUAAUUGGCAUUAUGAACUAUUUUCUUAAUGUGAACGAAGACUUGAUCCGGAGAACAAAUCAUUUCCGAUUCCUGUACAGAGUCGUUUUUAUAAUAGAAACAAACACAAGGCACAAAAUGAACCAAUCAGAAACAAAUCAUUACUGCAGAGUCAUGUAAACACUUUGUUCAAAAUGAAUUCUUAGAGUCGCCCCAACGCUAUCAGAGAUAUCUCAAACCAGACAUCUCAUCUUUUCUGCAUCUGCCCUCUUGAUGGGGAAAGUGGUAGCUCAGUGGUUAAGAUAUUGGAAUUCCUAAUAAGAAGGUCAUGAGUUCAAUUCCCAGCACCACCAAUCUGCCACUGCUGGGCCCUCAAGCAAGGCCCUUAAAUCUACUGUUGUGUUUCUGUCACGAUCUCGGCCUUUAGGUAGACGCACAUUUCCUGCGCAUGAACACAACGAACAGAAAAAGUAGACCGGUUCCGUGUUGCGUCCAUUUUGCCAUUCGAGAAAAAAAGACCACUAAUUAACAUUGUGAGUAAAUGGGAUACACCAGCACAAAAAAUGAUCAUUUUCUCUUUCUUUUCCAACACUUCGAUUUCUACUCUACCACAAAGCCUUCAGACAGCGUGACACAACAGCUCUUCUCUCAGCUAGGGUUUGGGACACACCCUACACAUAACUACAUAAAAAUGGGAUACGGGAUGAUGGGGAAGGUUGUAACCCUCAACAUACCAUGACAUUAUCAGCUGAUUACACUAAUAAACACGUUUUUUGUUAGCAAUAAACCGAAGACAGUGACGCAUUAGCGGAAAAACACAUCGUAGUAAAUGCACAAAUUCAGCUUUUAUGACCAACCAUCAUGUGCAAAAAGACAUUUGCACCACUUCCAGCUUCCUCUCUCUCUACAGCCAGUAGAAAUCGUGUUCUCCCCCCCCCUCUCUCUUUCUCACUCUCUCUCUCUCGCUCUGUCGCUCACUCCUUCAGCUGAAAGUGGGUUUGUUUGUUUUGGUUUGCAGUAGUUUGUUUGAACCGGUUUUUCAUUUUGUGCCGUCUGGGAUUUUGUUGUUUUGGGUUUUUUUUCUCUUUCUAUUCACACAAUUAACCGCAUGAGAGUUUCGCUCCUUUCACGUUUCGCUUUUCACGACGUAGUGACGUAUGCGAUUUCUACAGUGACACUUCUUUUUACCGGCUUCAUCAACACUUUUCCCUAAUGCACAUCCGGUCCCUUUUAUCCUUUAAUCCUCAGCACUUAGUUUUAGUGACAUCAUGAUGAUGACAUCACUUUCUUUCCCUCUGUUUGAUAGACAUCGUUACUCCAGAUCACAAAAGUUGCACUAUGAUUAUACAGAUUCCCCCCCGAAUCCUUCGCCCCCCCGCUUAAAGAUCGACAUUCCUUCUCUUCCUGAAUGUGAAAAAAACCACACUGUGUAGAUCCGCAUCUCAUAAACAUCACAAAAUAACUGGACUGCCCCGCUGUCAGUCACACAUCAGAGAUUGUCUUUCUCCUUAAGCCCCGCCCUCUUUCUUUCCAGACGAUCCAGAUUCGCCCAGCAAAGUGCCUCCCCCUUUUUUUUAUGUAACCUGCCAUGAAUUCAGGGGUCUGUAUUUCAUGUAUACGCUACAGAAUUCAUGUACAAAUACGUAUCAUGUCUUCGCAAGAACCAGAAGACUGGAAACUUCGCCUUUAUAAACAUCUAUUAUCCAGACAUUAAUACUCAUACGUGCUGUGUAUAUAUAUAUGGAAAUAUGUAUAGUAGCUCUUUUUUUGGAAUACGGCAGUCUAGUUAUUUUUUGACAUUUUUUGUCAUUUCACCCCCUUUUUCACAUCACUUGUCUUCCAAAAAAAAAAAUCAACAGAUCAACACGUAAUCGUUCAUACGAUUAAACAAGAUGGUACGAAAAAUCAGUAUUAAUAUAUAAACCAGGGAGAACCAGGGUUUGUGGGUCAGAAGUACAAACCUGUGAGUUUGUACUAGAAUUGUCCUUUUUAUUUUUUUUAAGUCGUCCUGGACUUUAAACUUGUCCUGAAAUCUAAGCUCGUCCUGGACUUUAAACUCGUCCUGAAAUCUAAACUCGUCCUGAACUCUAAAAUCGUCCUGGGCUCUAAACUCGUCCUGGGAUCUAAACUCAUCCUGAAAUUUAAACUCGUCCUGGGCUCUAAACUCGUCCUGGGAUCUAAACUUAUCCUGAAAUCUAAAUUCGUCCUGAACUCUAAACUCGUCCUGGGCUCUAAACUUGUCCUGAAAUCUAAGCUCGUCCUGGACUCUAAACUCGUCCUGGGACCUAAACUUGUCCUGGACUCUAAGCUCGUCCUGGACUCUAAAUUCCUCCUUGGACCUAAACUCGUCCUGGACUCUAAACUCGUCCUGGGCUCUAAACUUGUCCUGAAAUCUAAGCUCGUUCUGGACUCUAAACUCGUCCUGGACUCUAAAUUCGUCCUGGGCUCUAAACUCGUCCUGAAAUCUAAACUCGACCCGGACUCUAAACUCAUCCUGGGCUCUAAACUCGUCCCCGUCUCUAAACUCGUCCUGAAAUCUAAACUCGUCCUGGGCUCUAAACUCGUCCUGGGCUCUAAACUCAUCCUGAAAUCGAAACUCGUCCUGGGCUCUAAACUCGUCCUGGACUCUAAACUCGUCCUGGGUUCUAAACUCGUCCUGGACUCUAAACUUGCUCUGAACUCUAAAAUCAUCCUGGACUCAGGACUCACGGACCAUGAAUUGAGUAUCCCAAAUCUCAUUAUAUCCUUGUGUUUUCUUUUCCCUUUCAUUUAAUUUAUCUGUAUUUUAUCAUAUUUUUAAUUGUUUCAUUUAUAAUCGUAAUAAUUAGGCAGAGUUUGGGACGAACAAUCAACAAUUUUGACCAAACAGUAUAGUGUUACAGAACGAUUACAAUUCAAGCUUUUUCAUGUGGGUUCACUCUACCACGAUAAAGAAAGAUUCUUUCCCCUGAGACACAUUUAUACGUAUAUAGGACAGACCCGGGGGUGGAGUUCGCAAUGUUCCAGUUUGGGUAAUUUCUUUUAACACCGUAUUUAAUUCCAUAAAAAAAAAAAAAAAAAAAUUUUUUGAAUCAUUCAUGUAAUUGUUUUUUUUUUUUCCAAACCCCAGGAUUUUUGUAUUAAUUAAAUGUUUUUUUUUUUUUUGCAGUUCAACUCAUCUCCUGUAUAUUAUGGAAACGUGUAACUAACGCGCAAAAAGUGUUUUUGCCUUUUUCGUGAUGAUUUCGAAAAGAUGUUGUAAUGCGUAUCAGUAGAAGUUCUUGUCGUUUUUUUUUUUUUUUUUUUUUUUAAGACAAUGUGAAGACGGCUUCCUGGAGGAGAAGGAGAAGGAACGUUCCAGAGAAUCAUAGAAUCAUGUGGAAGAAUAUAACACAGGCUUCAUCCCAAAUCCCAAAUCCUACCCCAUUUCCCAAAAAAAAAACCUCCUUCCCUUCCUUUUUGGAAAUGUAAAUGCCCCCCACUCCGUUCCUAGUGAUUGUGAUUAGUGUAGUGUGGUACUAAACCAGCAUUUAAAGGUUGUUCCCUUCAAAAGUGCCUUUUGUUCACAGAGUCCAUCUGCGUAAAACAUGAUUCUUAAAAAAAAAUGAAACGUUUUCGCCCUGUCUUUCCUGGUCCACCCUUUUUUUCACUCGUUCGAAGCCGUAAAUAUAUAUAUAUAUAUAAAUAUAUAUAUAUAGUAUAUAGUAAUACAAGAAAUGGAUGUGAUUUAGUUCUUUCUAUUGUUCAAUACUGAAGAAAAAAAAUUGUAAAGGCAAAAAAAUUCUCCUUUUUCCUUCUUUCUUGCGUUACUGGAGAUGUUGUACAAGACACAAGACGUCCGUCUUACCGCCCGUCGUAAAUCUGUUCCCUCCCCUUCCCCUGAAAACGAGGCUUUUAUAUUUGAUUUUUUUUCCCUCUUGAGCAGAAAAUCCUCGUCUGUAUGCUUGUUCUUGUUACACCAUACCGAUCUCCCCUCUUCCUGUUCUGCCGCUUCUCCGUUUCUACUGCUAGUGUAAGUGAAAUGUGGCCUGUUCGGGCUCAGGGGGGUUACGUCACGGUCACGUGAGUCCCAACCAGUGGAAGAAGGGGGCCAAUAUUUUGUCACCUGGCUUCCACCAAACUGUGUGUGAAAUGGCUUGGCUGUAAACGCAGGACAUCGGGGUGGAGGGGGAAUUCAGCAGCUCGGCGUUAUUUUACGUUUUUUUUUUAUUUAUUUGUGUUAUGAAUUUAUAGUAGUAUAUCUGACUUUUUUUUUUUUGAUGAUUUUCUAUCAGGGUACGGUCCAGAAGAUUCUCUCUAAGGGAACCAUAGACCUUAAACUAAAAAAAAAACUAUAAAAAAAAAUCCUGUAAAAGCACCUUUGUUGAUUUGGAAAAGCCAGGCUACUUUAAAGGAACAUGUUGACUGAUGACUUGCUGAAAGCACCUUAUGAGGCAGAAUGCACUUAAUGUGAAAUGCACUUAAAUAGUCACACUACACAAAACUUCCAGGGUUUCCUUGUUUUUUUUGUCCACCACAUUUCGCUCUGGAGGUGAGUUCAGGAGGCGUGUUUUAAUUCAGCCGAAGUCAGUAUUAAUAUUACAGAGGAUCAGCGAUUUGCUUACAGAGUGGAAUUUUUUCCUUUUUUUUUUAGGACAUGAGAAUAAAUAUUCCCACUCUGGCAUAACAUCAGUCGAAACUAAAUCAAUUCUAACUACCUUGUUUUUUAUUCAAACUUUUUUUUUUUUUACCUUUUCGCUUCAUUGACGCUUUCGUACUUUUCCGAGCUGCACAGGGGUUUCAGUCAUAGCGCCCCCGAGUGGAUCCCUGAGUCCUGCGUUUUCAGAAAAAAAAAGCUUGUGUUUCAGUCAUUUUAGCUCCAGACCCCUCAGAGCCCGCAGGCAAAUGUGCAUGUGUUAACUACAGAUUUUUUUUCCAUUAUAAAGAAUAAAAAAAAGUUUGUAAAGAGCAA